CGUGGUCAGCUGUAACGCGGGUCCCGCCUCCUCCCCACCGCGGCCACCCCUGCUCAGCCCCUCCUCUCUCCUGGUGUCUUGCGCUCUCUUGAGAGCUUCCCAGCACUGUCGGCGAGGAGUUUGGAGCGGUCCGCUGCACAGCUCGCGGCAGGCCAAGCGCGAGGGAGCCAGCAAAGGAGCAGCGCAGAUCUCCUGCCAACUCUGGAAGUGGAAGGGUCUGACGUGAGCCAGGCACAUCUAUGAAGUAAGAUGAUUUGUCGAAAACUCUGCGUGUUUUUUUUGCAGUGGGAGUUUGUUUGCGUGAUAACUGGAUUUAACUUGGCAUAUCCAAUUCCUCUCUGGAAAUUUAAGUUGUCUUGCAUGCCAGCAAACGCAACCCAUGACUCCUUCCUCUUGCCUUCUGGACUCUCUAAGAACACUUCAAAUUUGAAUGGACUUUAUGGAGCAGUUGUUGAAGAUGAAUUUAAUUCCAGUGGUACAUAUUUUUCCAACUUAUCUCAAACAACUUUCCACUGUUGCUUUUGGAGUGAGCAAGAUACCAACUGCACUGUGCAUACAGACAACACACAAGGGAAGACAGUUGUUUCAAUUGUAAAUUCCUUGAUUGUUCAGCAACUAGGUGCAAACUGGAACAUACAGUGCCAGAUGAAGGGGGACUUGAAAUUAUUCAUCUGUUAUAUGGAGUCAUUACUUAGGAAUCCUUUCAAGAAUUAUGACCUUAAAGUUCAUCUUUUAUAUGUUCUGCCUGAAGUGUUGGAAGAUUUUUUUCUGGUCCCACAGAAAGGCAGUUUUACCAAGGUUCAGUGCAACUGCAGUGUUCACGAAUGCUGUGGGUGUCAUGUGCCUGUGCCAGCAGCCAAGCUCAACUGUCCUCUUCUUGCAUAUUUCAAAGUCACAUCUGGUGGAAUGUCUUUCCGGUCCCCUCUAAUGUCAGUUCAGCCAAUAAAUGUCGUGAAACCUGAUCCACCCUUGGGAUUGCAUAUGGAAAUUACAGACAGGGGCAAUUUAAAGAUUUCUUGGUCCAGCCCAACCCAGGUACCAUUUCCACUUCAGUAUCAGGUGAAAUAUUCAGAGAAUUCUACAAUUAUGAGACAGGCUAAUGAGACUGUCGUAGCUACGUUCCUGCUGGUGGAUAGUGUGCUCCCAGGGUCUACAUAUGAGGUUCAGGUGAGGGGCAGGAGACUGGAUGGGCCAGGCAUGUGGAGCGACUGGAGCACCCCUCAGAUCUUUACCACUCAAGAUGUCAUUUACUUUCCACCUAAAAUUCUGACAACUGUGGGAUCUAACGUUUCUUUUCACUGCAUCUAUAAAAAUGAGAAGAUUUUGUCCUCAAAAAAGAUUAUUUGGUGGAUGAAUUUAGCUGAGAAAAUUCCAAGAAGCCAAUAUACUGUUGUGAAUGACCGUGUUAGCAGAGUUACUUUUCCCAAUGUGAAUGCAACGAAGCCUCGAGGAAAGUUUACCUACGAUGCAGUAUACUGCUGCAGUGAGCAGGAAUGCCAUCAUCGCUAUGCAGAAUUAUACGUGAUUGAUGUCAAUAUCAAUAUAUCAUGUGAAACUGAUGGGUACUUAACUAAAAUGACUUGCAGAUGGUCACCCAAUACAAGCCAGUCACUUGCAGGAAAUACAUUGCAGUUGAGGUAUCAUAGGAGCACCCUUUAUUGCUCUGAUAUUCCAUAUAUUCAUCCCAAAUCUGAACCCAAAGAAUGCCAUUUGCAGAAGGAUGGUUUCUAUGAGUGCAUUUUCCAGCCAAUCUUUCUAUUAUCUGGCUACACAAUGUGGAUUAGGGUCAACCACUCUUUAGGUUUACUGGACUCUCCUCCAACAUGCUUCCUUCCUGAUUCUGUGGUGAAACCAUUGCCACCAUCCAGUGUAAAAGCAGAAAUCACUGUAAACAUUGGCCUGUUGAAGGUAUCUUGGGAAAAGCCAAUUUUCCCAGAGAACAACCUUCAGUUCCAGAUUCGCUAUGGCUUACAUGGAAAAGAAAUACAAUGGAAGGUGUAUGAGGUGCAUGAUGUAAAAUCCAAAUCUGCCAGUCUCUCAGUGCCAGACCUGUGUGUAGUGUACAUUGCUCAGGUGCGCUGUAAGAGGCUAGAUGGACUGGGAUAUUGGAGUGAUUGGAGCAAGCCAGCCUACACGGUUGUCACGGAUGUAAAAGCUCCUGUGAGAGGACCUGAAUUUUGGAGAAUAGUUGAUGGAGACAUUACUAAAAAAGAGAAAAAUAUCACCUUACUGUGGAAGCCCCUGAAGAAAAACGAUUCAUUGUGCAGUGUGAGCAGAUAUGUGAUAAAUCAUUACACUUCCCAAAAUGGAACAUGGUCAGAAGAUGUGGGAAAUCACACUCGAUUCACUUUCCUCUGGACAGAGCAAGUGCAUAUGGUUACAGUUGUGGCCAUCAAUUCAAUUGGUGCUUCUUCUUCCAAUUUUAAUCUAACAUUCUCGUGGCCUAUUAGCAAAGUGAAUUUUGUGCAGUCACUCAGUGCUUAUCCUUUAAACAGCAGUUGUGUGUUUCUGUCAUGGGUACCUUUGCCCAGUGAAUACAACCUGAUGUAUUAUAUUAUUGAGUGGAAAAAUCUUAAUGAAGAUGAUGGAAUCAAAUGGCUUAGAAUCCCAUCACAUAUUAAGAAGUAUUUUAUCCAUGAUAAUUUCAUCCCUUUUGAGAAAUAUCAGUUCAGUCUUUACCAAGUAUUUAUGGAAGGAGUGGCAAAACCUAAAAUAAUCACAAGUUUCACCCCAGAUAAUGUUGAGAAAUUCCAGAGUGAUGCUGGUCUAUAUGUAAUUGUGCCAAUAAUUAUUUCCUCUUCUGUGUUAUUGCUUGGAACGUUAUUAAUAUCACAUCAAAGAAUGAAAAAGCUGUUUUGGGAAGAUGUUCCAAACCCAAAGAAUUGUUCCUGGGCACAAGGACUUAAUUUUCAGAAGAGAACGGACAUUCUUUGAAGUUAAUCAUGAUCACUGCAGAUGAACCCAUUGUACCAACUUCUCAACAGUCUGUAGAGUAUUAGAAGAUUUUUACAUUAUGAAGAAGGGGAACAAAUCUAAAACAAUUUCGAUUGAACUGUUGAGAACUAACAUAUGGUGGAUAAUGUUGAUUUAGAACUUAAAAUAGAUGUGUAAGUUUUGGGUCAAGAAACAGGUUUAAGUCCAAUUAAUUUUGGGUGUAUGAUUACCUUUUAGGUCAUAUGAAGUUUGAAAGUAAUAUACAUGAUAUUUGGUGUUUGCUUUAUAAUUUUUCUAGUCAUAAAGAACUUAAAAAAGUUAUACCUGUUGUUGUCACUAUGUACUUGUUUGAUACCAUCAAAUCUGUGGUAGUCAGUAAUGUGACUAGGUAAACUUUAAACUUCCAAUUUCUUUCACAGAAGUUUGCAAAUGCAAUCAUUCUAAGUACAGAAUGCAGUAGAAAUGCUUAGUUUUUAUUUUUAAUGUCCAAUUUUUAAAUCUUUGCUUCUUUUGUAGAAGCUUUGGUGUGUGAAUUGACUCACUCAAUGUUCUUUUGAAUGUCUAAAAACUUUUAUGUCUAAUUUUGGCCAACCUGAGAAUUUUAGCUUUCAAUAACCUUGAAAUGUCUUGUCCUCAACUUCUAUUUUAGCUCAAAGAAAGCCAGAAGUUGUGGUCUGUGCUUGUCACAGGACAGUUAAAGUUAUAGUUCCUAUUAGUUUGACCCAACAUAUUCAGGUCAGAUUGCCCUGUUCUGAAAAGAACAUUAGGUCUGGUCCAGCCUCUUGUGAAGUUCUUACCUGAAUUUAAUUUAUUUUUAUUGAACUACCUAAGACUUCUGGCAGGCAGGGAAGUAGGCAGGGAUACAAGAAAAAGAAGACCCUUUGGCACUUUUAUAAAGAGUUCAUAGUAAGAACAGGACUUUUUCUACUGAAAAAGGAGCACCUGCUAGUACAGUAUAUUUAGGAUACUAAGGAUGGUGUUCUGCUCACAUUCAGACUAAAUCAAAGCUUCUAUCUGAUGAACCUAUCACACUUAAAUUUUAAAAUAUAUGUGUAAAUCAUUAUAUUUAAAUGUUAUUCAAAGUUUUAUUUGAAUAUCAAAAAAACUAGAAAAUGGGAAGAAUGUGUCUUUUUCCCUUCACUGAUUAUUAACAAAUAUUACUGGAAAAUAUAAGUGUGGAAUUGUGAAAAGAAGUCAGAGAAAUCCUAACAGAUGAAUACUUUUAUAUGUGCCCAGAUUUUUGUAAAAUCUCCAAAAAAAUAGAUGCAUAGAGUGAAAUAUGAAAAUAGAUAUAGGAAGUUUUGCUCUCCAUAUUCUAUUCUCAUAGAAAAAGAGAAACAUUUGUGGUAACACAGUAUUUGUUAUUACAUGGUAUUUCAAUAUCUACAUAAGUGCAUUCUAUGGUUCAGUGUUUGAUGUAUUGAUUCUUUUAUAGGGUAGUCACUAAUACACUUCACUUAAAAGUUUAAAUGUAUGCUAAAGAAAUUGUAGCUUUAUAUGGAACAUACAUGCUUUAUCAAAACAGUUGAAUAUUCUAUUAUUUCAGGCAAUAUACCUGAAUUUAUUCUAUUAGUUUAAAAUUAUUGAAUUCAAAAGUUGAAUUAUAUACAUGACAUGUAGGCUGAAAAAACUUUCUGUAUCACUUAACUUAGCUCUGUUAAUUUUCCAGUAUGAUGUAUUUACACAAUUUUUAUUUUGCAUUUAUUUUUUUCAGUGUGUUUACAUUGUAUGAAUUGAGCUUUUGCACACAGACUCUUGAUUUGUAGAUGCCUCACAGGACUUUUGUUGUGAUGUAACCAUUAUUUCUAUAAAAGCAUGAUGUGCAUUUGUCUUGUGUAUUUGUCUUCAUUUCACAUGUCCUGCAGUAUAUACUAUUACAUGAAGUUAUUCGUAAAGACAGUCUAUGAUCAUCUCUUUCAGCACCAUUGUUUCUAAUGGAAGGUAUUAUUCUUUGUCUCAAGAAUAACAUUAGGUUUAUGUUCUUAGUACUGGCUUUUUUUUUAACCAUCACACUAUAUUUUAUAACAUAAGAAAGUAUUAUAACCAUCUUUGAAACCGUUGCUUUGCUUUUCUCUUUUUGGUUUGAUGUAAUUUUUUUUUCUACUUAGGGGCUUACGUUUUUACUUUGUGGAAAUGUAAUUUGUUACAAAAUAUUAUAAAUUCUUCACAGGGCAAUAUUUUCCAA